UUUCUUUUACGUAUCCACGCCUUAUCAGAGCCCUCUUACUUGUUCUCCCUCACCAGUCGCAAUUACUCUUCCAAAAUCAAACAAACAAUGGAAGACGAGAGCUCAGAGACCAGAAAGCGAGCGAGGGUAGCCAUUCUCGAGCUAGCCAACAUGAUCAGCGUUCCCAUGUCUCUCAACGCCGUCGUGCGUCUCAACGUCGCCGACGCAAUCUGGCAAGGCGGAACUAACUCUCCGCUUUCUGCCUCUGAGAUCCUCGCACGUAUCCAUCCCUCUGGUGGCGAUCCUGAAAAUCUUCAACGCAUCCUACGUAUGCUCACCAGCUACGGCGUCUUUGCGGAGCAUCUUAAUGCCGAUGCUAUUGAGAGGAAAUACUCUUUGACCGAGAUCGGAAAAACGCUUGUCACCGACGGUGAGGGCCUCUCAUAUGCGCCUUACGUUCUGCAGCACCACCAGGAUGCAUUAAUGAGGGCAUGGCCAUUAGUGCACGAGGCAGUGCUGGACUCCACAACAGAGCCAUUCGUGAAGGCAAAUGACGAGCCUGCCUACGAUUACUACGGGAAACGGCCAGAAAUGAAUGGUUUGAUGCUGAAGGCCAUGUCAGGUGUAUCUGUGCCUUUCAUGAAGGCGGUGUUGAAGGGCUAUAGUGGAUUUCAAGGGUUGGAGAGAUUGGUUGAUGUAGGUGGGAGUGCAGGGGAUUGCCUUAGGAUGAUUCUCCACAAAUAUCCUAUUGUUCAAGGGAUAAACUUCGAUUUGCCUGAAGUAGUUGCCAAGGCACCAAAUAUUCCUGGUGUUACACAUGUUGGUGGUGACAUGUUCAAAUCGAUUCCUUCAGCUGAUGGUAUCUUUAUGAAGUGGGUAUUGACGACAUGGACAGACUAUGAAUGCAAGCAGAUAAUGGAAAAUUGUUACAACGCACUUCCUGUAGGAGGGAAACUGAUAGCUUGUGAGCCAGUGCUGCCAAAAGAUUCCGAUGACAGCCAUAGGACAAGAGCUCUCUUGGAAGGUGACAUAUUUGUCAUGACAAUUUAUAGGGCUAAGGGCAAGCAUAGGACUGAAGAAGAAUUCAAGCAACUGGGUCACUCGGUUGGUUUCUCUCAUUUCCAAGCAUUUUAUGUAGACUAUUUCUACUCUAUCUUAGAGUUUCAAAAAUAAUUAAUGACUUUUGCCUUAAUUAGGACAAAAUAAACGUAUUAAUUAAGUACUACUGGAUUGUUUCUUAAUUAAAUAUUUCUUGAACUACAAUAAACUCCCUAAUUGUUUAAUGCAUCACAGCUUGAAUUGCAGAAUUUUCAACUUCAA